AUGGCACCACCAUCCGCCACGUACGAUGUAGUAGACAGCGGAGCAGGGGUAGAAACCAGCAAAAACGAUAAGCCAGCGAAACAGCCUCUAGAACCAGGUCUUACCGAAGAGCAAGCUGCUGCGAACAAAGCAUCGAUCCCAUCGAUGGAUGGCCCGAUGUAUGAGGAUCCUUACAAGGAGAGAGAAUACCAGAAGGGAAGAUUAGCGUUGGCUUUUAGAAUCUUUGCAAAGUUUGGCUUUGACGAGGGUGUUGCGGGGCAUAUUACUCUGAGGGAUCCAGUUGAACCGACCAGCUUCUGGGUGAACCCUUUUGGCCUAGCUUGGCCACUUCUUAAAGCUUCUGAUCUUAUUCGAGUCAACGCGGAGGGCAAAGUUGUUGAUGGAGGAGCUUGUCGACGGUUGAAUACUGCUGCAUAUAUGAUCCAUCACGCCGUACACGAAGCUCGACCAGACGUAAACUGCGUGGCACACUCGCACUCGAUUUACGGCCGUGCUUUCUGCACGCUAGGACGAACAAUCGACACCAUCACCCAAGACUCCUGCGCUUUUCACAACGAUAUCGCUCUAUACUCCUCCUUCCGAGGCAUUGUACUUGCAGCAGAUGAAGGUAUUGCAAUUGCAAAAGCAUUGGGGCCGAGAAAAGCUGCUCUCCUCCAGAACCACGGACUUUUGACUUGUGGAAAGACAAUUGAAAGUGCUGUCUUCUGGUUCAUGAGUCUAGAGAAGUGUUGCCAUGCCCAAUUACUCGCCGAUGCUGCAGCUGGAGGACGAGGUGGAGAAACGGUCAAGAUUGAUGAAAAGGAUGCUCAGUAUACAUACGAGACGGUGGGUUCCGAAAUGGCUGGAUGGUUUAGUGCGAAGCCUCAGUUUGACUUGAUGGAGCAUGAGAGUGGUGUAGAUUACAAAUGGUAA